GCAGGUUGUUCCAGUUUUACAACAAGGUUAGAUGUUUCCAACAAUCGUGACAAAAUGGUUUAUUUGACUUACUAAUCAUUGUUUAGAAGUUGCAAAACUUUUCCAUUUUGUCAGGAUAAAGACCUGAAUUUCUCCAAAUAGCAAGGCAGUCUCACAUGUUAUGGAGGAGUACGAACUCGAUACUGCGCAUAAGUUCUCAGAGGAACAAAUCCAGAAAUUUCGGGGAGACCCGAGAAAAUACACAAAGUUUCUAAAAGCUAUUGAAGCUUUGUCUAAUAAGCGAUUUAAAACUGUGAGUAGUCUUUAAUCUUCGUAUUAACCACUGUCUAAUUUAGACACAAGAUCUUACGAGGCAGUCCCGAAGCAAUAGAAGCUAAACGCGUCAUCUCGCUAUACAUGGCCGAAGCCCUCAACUACGACAAACAUCUCCUCGAAGCACUAAUACCCUCCUUCUCCGUCGGAUGUCGACGAGUAACUCCAGGCAUUGGUUAUCUAAAAGCAUUAACACAACCAAAUGUCGACGUCAUCACAUCUAGCAUUCAAGAAGUGCAACCCAACGGCAUCAAACUGACAAAUGGCAAACUGAUCGAAGUCGACGCUAUUAUCUGCGCUACAGGUUUCAACUGUUCAUUUAUCCCGCGCUUUCCAAUCAUCGGCCAGCACGGAAAUCUACAGGAUCUUUGGUCUAAAAAUAAAACUCAGGCAUAUAUGUCGUGUAUGGUUCCCGGUAUGCCGAAUUACAUCAGUAAGCUCCCUACCUGCACCCAUAACCAACCCCCUCCCAAACAAAAACCUAACAAACCCCCAGAAUUCCUCGGCCCCAACGGCCCCCUAGCCCACGGUGCCAUCCCCAUAAUCACCGAAUAACUCAGCGCCUUCACUCUAAAAUUCAUCCAAAAAUGCCAAUUGGAAAAUAUUUCCUCUUUUAGACCUUUAUCCGAAGCAGUAAGUGAUUAUGCAGAGUAUAUAGAGAGUUUUAUGCCGAGAACGGUGUGGAUGGAUAAAGGGGUGAGAAGUUGGUAUCGGGAUGGGAGGAGUGAGGGUAAAGGUUUUGGC